CCACGUCAGCUGUUUGAGCCGUACAAAUUCACGUGACUCCACUCCACACGUAACAGUCAGACACGUAGCAUCAUCAUGGCAGCAACACCACAACCUGUCUACUGGCUGGGUAAUGACACCCUGAGGGUGUCUGCUGCCCUUUUUGCUGAGAACCGACGACGACUGUGCCAGGGGCUGAAAGCCAAAGAUGGUGUGACGCCAAAGUCAGUAGUGGUACUGCAGGGGGGAGAGCAGGCGCAGAGGUACUGCACAGACACAGAUGUCCUCUUCAGGCAGGAGUCUUUCUUCCACUGGGCUUUUGGAGUGACUGAGGCUGACUGCUACGGAGCCAUUGAUGUGGACUCUGGGAAAUCCAUUCUUUUUGUUCCUAAACUGCCCGAGAGCUACGCUACUUGGAUGGGAGAGAUCUUUCCUAAAGAGCACUUCAAGGAGAAAUAUGCUGUUGAUGAGGUGCAAUACACCUGUGAUAUAGCUGAUGUCCUGUCCAACCUAAAACCAGCAGUUCUCCUCACACUGAGAGGACAAAAUACAGACAGUGGGAGCAUCUGCCGUGAGGCCUCCUUUGAUGGAAUUAGUCGCUUCCAAGUGAACAACGCUCUUUUACACCCAGUCAUUGUGGACCUCCGUGUCAUUAAGACUGAUAUGGAGCUGGAGGUCCUGCGCUACACCAACAGGGUUUCCAGUGAAGCCCACAAAAUGGUCAUGAAGCAUGUGACACCUGGAAAGAAAGAAUAUGAAAUGGAGAGUCUCUUCCAGCACUACUGCUACACUAAAGGAGGAAUGCGCCACACCUCAUACACCUGUAUCUGUGGAACUGGCAAUAAUUCCUCUGUUCUCCAUUAUGGCCAUGCUGGGGCUCCUAAUGACAAGACAAUUACAGAUGGAGAUAUGUGUUUGUUUGACAUGGGUGGAGAGUACUACUGCUACUCCUCAGACAUCACCUGCUCCUUCCCAGCUAACGGCAGGUUCACUCCAGACCAGAGGGCCAUCUACGAGGCUGUCCUGAAAUCCUCACGCGCCGUAAUGGCUGCUAUCAGACCAGGUGUGAAAUGGACUGACAUGCACCGCUUGGCUGACAAGAUUCACCUGGAAGAGCUUGUAAAGAUUGGCAUCCUGAAUGGCAGCGUGGAGGACAUGAUGAAGGUCCACCUGGGCUCUGUAUUCAUGCCCCAUGGCCUCGGACAUUUGCUGGGCAUUGAUGUGCAUGAUGUUGGAGGUUACCCUGAGGGUAUUGAGCGAGUCAACGAGCCUGGAUUGAAGAGUCUGAGGAUGGGCCGCCUGGUGCUGGAGCGGAUGGUUCUCACCGUAGAGCCUGGCAUAUACUUCAUCAACCACCUGCUGGACCAGGCCCUGGCUAGUCCUGCCCAGUGCGGCUUCAUCAACAACCAAGUGCUGGCUCGCUUCCGCGGCUUUGGAGGGGUUCGCAUUGAAGAUGACAUUGCAGUGACAGCGAAUGGCAUUGAGCUGCUGACUUGUGUCCCUCGUACAGUCGAGGAGAUUGAGGCUUUUAUGGCCAACUCUGAAAAAUCUUUCAGUCCAGUUGUCUGAACAAACUGAGAGUUAACUUUCAGUAAAGUUUUCUAUAUGAUGCAAAACCAUUGAUUACUGUUGAUAUUUUUCUAGCAAAGCUGAAGUUAUUCCUUUGGCUCUUGUAUCUCAGUCAUACAACAGAUACACAAUCAAGAUCAUCAGCAUCCUCAUAAAGCUUUCAUAAUGAUUUAAAGCUCUGAUAUGCAUUAGCCACGCUCACUUUCAUUUGACAAACUGGACAAUAAUAAAAUAUCACAUUGAAAUCUUUGUGCCUCCUGGGAAAAUGUAUUUUCUAAUUUUUUUUUUUUUUUUAAUUAAUCUUAUUUUUUCCUCUUUGUAAACAUUUGACAGAAAUGCCUUGGAUUUGAAUUA